CAAUAUCAUUGGAAAUGUAUUCUUGGUCUAAGUUGGCUGCUUUACUUAGCUUGAUAGCUAUAGCCUGUGAAGCUACACAUGGUGGAUCACAUGGAGGAUAUGGAAAACAACCGUCCUAUGGAGCCAAUACAGGAUCGAAUUCCUAUGGUAGUGCUGCAGGUCCAGCCUAUGGUGCCCCUGCUAAACCGUCCUACGGAGCCCCAGCUAAACCAUUCUAUGGAGCACCUGCUGCCCCAGCCUACGGUUCCUCUGCUACAUCAUCCUAUGCAGCCCCUGCUUCAUCAUCCUAUGCAGCCCCUGCUUCAUCAUCCCAUGCAGCCCCUGCUUCAUCAUCCUACGCAGCCCCUGCCUCAUCAUCCUACGCAGCCCCUGCUUCAUCAUCCUACGCAGCCCCUGCUACACCAAAUUACGCAGCCCCCGCCGCAGCAGCCUAUAGUUCCUCCGCCGCCUCAGCAUCAUCUGCUCCAGCCACAGCUCCAAAACUAUAUCCCGCUGCAGUUCCAGUAACCAUUCCUGCUCUUCCUUGUCCCAAGAAUUACAUCUUCAGCUGCCAUCCUCAGUUAAGAGCAUUGCCCUGCUCGCCAUAUGCACAUGCUAAAGUUGGUGCCUAUUCGGAAAAUGUUCCAGUAUAUGCAGCUCCUCCCCAGCAAGAGAAGGGUGGCUACAAAGAUAAUUAA